GUUAAUUCGCUAAUUAUGGAAUUUCUGUUCAAAGAUUCACGAAGGCUUUUCACAUGCCUACUAAUUUUCCGAAUUUUCAAUGCCUUACUGAUUCAAACAUCCUAUGUAGCAGAUGAGUAUUGGCAGUCGAUUGAAGUGGCGCAUAACUGGGUGUUUGGAUACGGAUCGUUAACUUGGGAAUGGCAAUCGGAUAUUGCGCUACGAAGUCCUUUACAUCCAAUUUUAAUAAGCCUGUUGUACAAAUUAUUCGCAUUGUACGGUAUUGACUCACACUGGCUAAUAGUGAAAUCGCCUCAAAUUUUACACGCUUGUUUUGCAGCUGUAGCUGAUUUUCAUUUGUAUAAAUUUGUCAGUCAAUUGUCCGGUUAUGAAGUGGCUAGAUGGACAUUGUUUCAUCAUAUAUGUAAUUGGUUCACCAUAUACUGUGCUCCACGUAGUUUAUCGAAUUGUCUGGAAUGGUGUCUGUUUAUAAUCGGCUUAUCCUACUACCCAUGGAGUAGUGUCUGUGAAACAAGCACAGUGUCCGCUCAAUCCAUUCGUUCUGACCAUCCGAAAACGUUUAUAUUUAUUGCUGUGCUAUGUGUUCUACUACGUCCAACAGCUGCUAUCAUUUGGUUUCCUCUGUGUAUCUGGCAUCUAUGGCAAAAGUGUAAAGUGAGUAGUUGUUCGUGGAGUGGAAAUAACGAUUCCUGCAUAAAAGAACAUAAAGAUAAUUCCAGAUGUAAACAAUUGCUGAGUAAUUUUAUGCGUCAGAUACGAGUUUAUCUGAGCAUUAUCAUUCCCUGUGUCGUCUGUUCGUGUAUUUUGGACCGUUGGGCAUUUGGCAGAUGGACAAUAAAUCAAUGGAACUUUGUUAAAUUCAAUGUUUUGCACGGUGGAUCAGGUGUAUAUGGUGUUCAACCAUGGCAUUGGUAUCUAUCACAAGGAUUGGUGGUUAUGCUGUUGACGCAAACACCUCUAGUUCUAGGCUUUAUAAUCAUCUACAUUAAAUAUGGUCCAUUUUCACGGAAAGAUUUUGAGGAAUACAGCGAAAAGAUUGGCAAUUCAAAUGUUUCUAGACGUCGAUUGUUUCGUGAUCCCACUGGCAUAUGCAUUAUUGUCAUACUGUGGACUGUUAUGUGUUAUAGUUUUCUUUCCCACAAAGAAUUUCGAUUCAUCUUUCCAUUGAUUCCAUUGGGUAUGUAUUUUUGUGGAGUUACCUCAGUAUGGUUUAUUCAUCGUUACAAGUCUAGACUACAAUCUCUACGAAGUCAGUAUUCCCGACGUCGAUACUUGAUAUGCUUCAUCCUUGUAACACAGAUCCCUUUGGCUUUGUAUACCUGUCAAGUGCAUCAACGCGGUGGUUUGCAGGCAGUUAGCUUCCUAAACGAAGAAAUAUCCCGAAAACAACUUGGGAGGAGUAAUGAGCUUACAACAGUUUUAUGCCUAAUGCCAUGUCAUACUGUUCCGUCGAUAGGAUAUCUGCAUAAAAAUAUCACAUUUAGACAGCUGUCUUGCGAACCAGAUCUAAGAAAAUUUAAACCUGACAACAACAACUAUCAGUACACAGACGAAGCUGAUGUAUUCUACGAGAAUCCGAAAUUAUGGUUGGAAAACUACUACUACUACUCUGCACCGUCGAUGAUGAGUAGUAGUAGCAAGUUGAACAGAGAUUUUCAAAGACCACAGUUUCUACUGAUGUUUGACCAUCUGAUUCAUACUUACGAAUCUGUACAGCCACUUUUGCUCUCUUGGAACUACAAACUGUGUGGAAGGUUAUUUUUCUCGCAUGUAUUAACACAUCCACGAUACAGUAGAAGUAUACUGUUUUACUGCUUAAAUAAUACUUAA